AUGCAAAGCCAGAUCUCUAUCAUUGCCAUCUUUGACGUUGCCGAUAUGGAUUUUCUUGAGAACUCUCAAAUUCCUUACAGAAGCCUCUUUGGGUGUGAUCAUGAAGACAUAGAUACAGCAACAUUCUGGCUUUCAAUUAUUUCCGAUUCCUUCCCGGAACCUGAACUAAACCUGUACGACGAAGAGCACGAAGGCAUCUUUCAAUUCCUAGCCUUGGACACUACAAAUGGCCCUUUUGUUUCUACCGCGACCGAGAUUACUUCUUUGGCCAAUCCUUGUGUGGACUCUGGGGAUCUCCAGGAUACUCCCGUUAGCGGCUCUCAAGCUCAAGACCUCAGCAUUUGGCCUGAAAACAACGAGCUUGAUAAAGGCAAAAAGCAGGUGGAGCCACGCUUGCAAACACUCGAAUCUACAGAGCAGGUGUCUCAGGGCCAGUUUACCUCCAGGAACAACGUGUGUGCCGACAAAGCGGUCGAGGGAUCCUCGGGCAAUAUUUCUGGAUUUCCCUUGACCGUGGCAAAUGCAGAGGAUGCGACAUCUGACAUUGACGAUGCAAUAAAUGCAGGAAGUUGUCAGAGGCGUUACUCUGUGACUUCACAGAAUCACAAAGCAAAACCCAACCACGACCGAAUGUCGGCCAUCAAUCCUCAUAUUCGAUCCUCCAAUUCUGAGCGCGACAAUUGCAUGAAGCUGGGGUCACUCAUUUCACUUGAGACUUCACAAAUAGUGUUGCGUGAAGCUUAUCCGUUAGCUUCGCGCAAGCGCAACGCGUCUCAGUCCAUUCGAAAUGGUGCCAAACGAAGAAAGGUUACGGUUGAGACCACUAAUGAUGUUAUCCGCCACUCGCAAAUAAUUCUUGAGCGCGACAGCGAAGUUUUUGUGAGAUUUACACAUGGUCUCGUCAUGCUUGCAGGCGUUGCGACGAAGGGUCCUGUUCCCAUUGUAUGGAACAGGCGGGGGCGAGUCUUCGAGGCCGAAACAGCAGAUGAUUUCUGGAAGUCUACAAAGCCUAGUGAUUUUAAAUGGGUUACCAUAACGCUUCAGGUUGGUGGUGACGGGUAUGCAGUCACUUUGAUUUACGAAGAUGACGGUGCGCUUUGGGUUGGAUGGGAUGCGGAGUCUGAGGUGACUAUCGCCCUUCCUGCUGAAAUAGUUGAACAAAUACUACUAAGACCUGGAAAAAGCACUUGCGUUGCUUGGAAGAAAUAUGUCCACACUACGCAAGUUGUAUAG